AUGAAUUGUUAAAAUCUCAGUAGAUUUAAAUAUAUGAUAAUGAUUUCAUAAAUCCUGCUCUUAUGUGUAGGUAAGUGUUGUCCAUUUACAAAUUAUGAAACUAGUUUGCUUAAUGAAUACUACCCAAUGGAAGAAAGAAUAAUUGAUGAGAUGAGUACAUCUUAAAGUUUUGGAUUUUGGAGUUUUUCAAUACCUUUAUGGUAGGUUAAGACAUAUCCAUAAGUAGAGGGAUAAGCAAAUUAUGAUAGAAGACUAUAUUAAUUGAUGUUUUUGUUGAAAUGUCUUGAUGAUGAUAGAAUAGUAAUGUUUAUGUAUGGAGUACUGGAUGAAGAAUCAGAUAAAGUAAUACAUAGAUUAAGAGUUGAAACAGUAGAUAGUUGGGGUUGGCCUGGAUUUAAUAGUUAUAAUUUUGAAUACAAUCCUUUAGAAUAUGAAGGUACAUGGAUAUUAACAAUGAUAACAAUCGAAUAAAAAUAAGUGAUAUUUUAAACAAGUAAUUAUGUUAGCAAUAAUAAUAUUGGAGAUAUAUUAAGAGAAAUGAAGAAAGUAAAAUUUAUAAUAGGAGGCACUGGAUAUGUAAUUAAUAUUAUAAUAAUAAAAAAGAUAGAUGUAUUUACGGUUGGAAUAUUUAGAGGAAGAUUAUCUAAGUUAAUGUAGUUUACAGAUUAUUCUGAAUAGAAAUUUGAAGAGGUAGAAAAUAAUUGCAAGAUUCCAGAGAGAGUGGUAGGUAAAUAAAGAGUGGAUUUAUAUCCAGAAGUAUAUAUAUUCAAAGGUGAUACUUAAAAUAUAUUUGAUAUUGAAUAAGUAGGUAAACGAUUUUGUAUUUCUGGGUGGGUUAAAUAUGAUUCAAUAGAUGCAGUCAAAAAAAUUGAAUAUUUAUUACUUCGUAUAACUACAAAUAAAAACUAUGGCAAUAAUUUAUAUAUUGGAGAUGAAAUAUUAAAAAUUACAGCUAUGUUAGAUAGAUUAGAUCCAUAAUAUACAGAGUAUAUAAUUGAAUCUAAUCAUUAUUCUAUUCCUGUUAAAUAAUAAAAUGUAUAAACUAAUACUAAAAUAUUUGCAUGGUUAUUUAUUGAUGAAGAACCUAUAAUGUAUUUGGAUGCACUUACAUCAUGGCAUUAUAUUUAAUUUGAAUAUGGUAGAACUACAGGACCUAAAACAUUAUUAAAAAUUAAGUAUUUUGCUGGUAAUCUUGAUUCAGAUGAAGCUGUUUUCUCUGAUGACACUAAAGCUGGAUUAUUUAUUAAUACUAAAUAUUAUUUAAUAUUUGGAAGUGAUAUUAUCAAUGUAAGAAGAAUUAAAGCAUAAGUUGCUAAAUUUCAAUUCAUUUAUAAUUAUGAUUAAGAUUAAGAAUUCUAUUAUGGUAUCAUUAUAUUAUCAUUUUUAGAAUGCUAUUAUACUUGUGCUACUUGUAAUGGACCUCAACCUAAUAAUUGUUUAACCUGUUCAUCUGAAUCAAAUAGAAUACUAUUACAAGAUAAACAUUUAUGCAUUUGUAAUAAUGGGUAUCUAGAAAAAGAUAAAAUUUGUUUGCCCUUUACUUAAAUAUAUCCAACAUUAAUAUUUUCAGAUAUUAAAUAUGAUUCUCUAGAUUAAAGAUGUUAAUUUGGGUACUUUUUACUACCUACUACUUAAAAUUGUAUAUAAUGGUAAUCUAUUUAUCUAUAUCCUUUUUAGUCCAUAAUAAUCAACUUUAGAUCUACUUUGUGUCGAUUGUCUAUUCAAUCCAACUACUUGGUAUUUAAAAUCUAUUUGUACUACUGAUCUUAUUACACAAUAAACAUCACUUGAUCAAGGUGCUUAUAGAAAAAUUUAAAGAAAUACUACAGAAUACGAUCUUUAUUCCAUUAAUUAGGAUAAUAACUUAUAAUUGAUAUAAGGAGCAUAAGACUUUUGUAAUCAUGAAGACAAUUUAUAAAACUGCUUCUUAAUUCCCUUUCAAUUACAUUUAUCUUAUGAUCUCUAUGUCAUUUGUAAAUAGAAUCAUUACUUCUCUAAUCAUUAAUGUACAUUAUCAAAUCCAGCUUGUAUCUAAUCUAAUUUCUUAUCAUCUAAUUGCUUAGAAUGCACAAAAGGAUUUUACUUAUCUAGAGAUUAAUAAUGUGAGUAAUGUCCAAAUCAAUGUAUAACUUGUAAUUUUGAAGAUAAUAAUCUUAAAUGUCUUUCUUGCCCUUAAACAUAUGAACCUGUUGGAGCUACCUGUUUAAAAUGUGGACUUAAUUGUUCUAUAUGUCAACGUUAAAUGAAUUACUUAAUUAAUGAAUUCUUUAUGUAAUGUUUAAGAUGUGUAGAUUAGAAUAAAUAUUAUUUAUCAUUAAAUGGAGUUGAUUGUAUAGAAAAUACUUUGGAAAAUUGUGAAAUUGCAUAUGAAACAACUCCUGGAAAUAAACGCAUCAAUUCUCUAGAUUAUGAUUUUGUACCUUAUUAUGGAGAAGUGACAACAGAAUGUGCUAAAUGUCAUAAAUUUUAUUGUUAUAAUGCAUCCUCUAAAACUUGUGAGUUAAACGAAUUCUUUGAAUGUGAAUACUGCAUUAUAACAGCAAUAAAAUAUUAAUGUUUAUUUGGGCCUAAAUCAUUCAAAUAUGAUUUAUUUGAUUUUGAAGAUAUUGGACCCAUCUCUUUUGUUGAAUAAUGCUCGGGAUAUAAUCAUAAUUGCUACUUAUGUAUGAUUGGUCAAAUGAAUCAAUAAAUUAAUUAUUAAUGCAUUAUUUGUGAAGAUGGUUAUUUUGCGAAUAAACUAACAGCAUAAUGUGAACCUUGUCCAUAAGAACUAUUUUGUUCAAAAUGUUUUUAAUAAAAUAAAAAGUCAAAAGAUGAGUGGAAAACUGAAAUUCGUCAAUACUAUAAAGUUGAAAUUGACGACAUAUUUUAAGCACAUUCAUUUAUUGAAUAUGGAACAAGUCCAGAUAAUGAAAGUUAUGAAGUUGUGUGUAUUAAUUGUAUUUCAGGAUAUGAAAUCUAAAAUAAUGAAUGCAUACCAAAAUGUCCAGAUAACUGUCUUGAAUGCUUAAUUAUGGAUAAUAAAAAUAUAUGUGUUAAAUGUCCAAAUACAAUAAAAGGACGUAGUUAUAGUUUGGAUAAUAAUCAAUGUAUUGUCUGUCCUAUAAAUUGUUCUUUAUGUCGUUAAAGAGAUGAAAAUGAAAUUAAAUUAAUUAACCCUAUAUUCAAUAGUCAAGAGUUUUUAUAUACUUCAAAUUAAUGCUUAAAAGGAUAUACAGGAGCAUACGAUAAGCAUUUAGGAAUAUAUGUUGAUUGCCCAUAAACUUAAUGUCUAAAAAGAUUAGACAUUAAUUUAAAUUUAUAUUGUGAUAUCAAUAAAUUCAACAGAGCUUUGAUGGAUUUAGAUUAAGAGGAACAAAUUAUUUAAUUCAAAUAGUCCAAUAUUUUAAUUAAUGAUUUAUUUUCAUCCUCUAGUUUUAAGGAAGUAAUCAAUCAUUUCAUAAAAAUAGUUUGAAACUCAAUAGUUUUAUUUGUUAGCUAAUCAAAAAGUUAUCUAAACCAUUUCCAUUUAUAUUGUAAGCCAAGAAACUCAGCUUUGUAUUAUUAAUGGUAAUAAAAGUAUUCAGCAAAAAUUUAGUUAGAAUAUAUUUUCUGCUAUGUAUUUAUUUAUAUUUAAUUAUAUAUUAGAAAUGUAGAACUAAACAUAUAAGGAAAUGGAUUUACCACCUUUUCAUAUGAUAAAACAAUUUCAAUUAUAAACUUUAAAAAUGUUAAAUUUGAUGGUAUUAAAUUGAAUCCAAUUCAAGUUGGAAAUAUCAAAUAACUUUUAUUUCAUAGUGCUUUCCUUUAAACUAUAUAACUAAUUCAAAUAAUAUAUGAUAGUUCUAUUGAAUAAGAUAAAUCUUAGAUAAUUAUUAAUAAUGCUGAAAAUGUGAUUAUUGAUUAAUUUGAAUCCUCUAAUUUAAGUAUUAAUAACAUUGAUUCUUUUAUCAGAAUAUAAGCUAUUGAAUCAGAGCUAAAAAUUCAAUUAUCAAAUUUUUUAUUUAAACAAAGUUAAUUUCAGAAUGUCAUUCUACUAUAUUUUCAUUCAAACUUUGAGACUUCUAUAGAAUUAAGACAUUUUUCAAUAAUCUCCAAUUUUACAUCAGCUCAAUUACUAAAUACAUAAUAUGGUUAAUUAACGAUGGAGGAUAUUUAGAUAUAAAACAGUAUGAUAAGUUUAGUGGAAAAUCUUUUUCAUUUAGAUUUAUUAACGAAAAUUGUAAUUAAUCGCUUCAAGGUGUUAUCAACAAUUAUUACUUAAUCCACAAUUUUUAAUUUAAAUUAAAAAUCUCAGAUAUCAGAUUUAAAAUUUAAUUCAAAUUAACUAUUUAACAAUUCUAUUGUAAUAUGGAAUUAGAAAAUAAGUGUGGAGUAAUAUACUUUUGAUAAGUUUUAUUUCUCAUUAAAUUCUUAUGAUGAAUAUUCAAAGUUCAUAUUAAUAAAAUAAAAUCUUUCCCCUAACAAAGAAAUUCUUUUAACUGAAAUACAAUUAUUAGGUAAUUGGUUAACAUCACUUUCAAGCAUUUAAUAAUUAGAAUAACAAGAGAUAUCUUUAAUAUAUGUAUAAAUUCAAUAAGUCUAAAUAACAUCACUUAAAAUAGAGAGAGGAAGUGGGAUUAAAGAAUUUAGUUUUGUAGAGAUAGAUUCUUUAAAAAUUACUGAUUUAUUUAUUACAUAACAUUCUGCUUAUGUAUUUUAAGGUCUUCAUUAAUUCAUAGAUUGUUUAUAAAAAACAAUAAAAUAUCAUGUCACUUCAUUAUACUUCUAUGAUGUUAAAGUAUUGGAAUUGAAUUCAUUAACAAUUUCAAAUGCUGAAUCCAUAGAUUAUCCUAUCAUUAAUAUUUAAACAUCAAUUUCUAAAGUAUCUAACUAUAAUUCCUUAAAACUAACUGAUUUAAAUCUUAAUGACAAUUUACUUUUGAUUACUAAUCAAAUGAAAUAAAUUUCACUGAUUUAAUUGUCAACUUAACUUGAGUUCUAAAUUGAAAUUAAGAAUUCAAUAAUGAAAAAGAAUAUUAUGCAUCAAUACCAAUAGAAUGAUCUUAUAAAUUCUGGAUUGAUAUUCAAUUUUGAUUGUUCAUAUUGUAGUGUUAAUAUAGAUAAUAUGAUAGCUGAAUCAAAUUUAGUUACUAAUUCAACAGAUAGUAUAAUUUAUAUAAAAUCUAAGAAGAUAAAAAUUAAAAAUUCUAAUUUCAUUUAAAAUUGCAUAUUUGAUUAUGAUAUUAUAUAACCAUAUUUAGUUUGGGGAUUUCAAAAUAAUGAUGAAGUGUUUCUUGAAUAAAUUAAAGAAAUUUUCCCAAUUUAAGUAAUAACUGGAAAUGCAAGAUUGAUUAGCCAAGAUUUAGAGAUUACAAGUGUUUUGAUUACAAAUUCAUCUGGUUCUGGAUUAUAUUUAAGAAUGGAAAAUAGUGCUAAAAUAAUAAUAACUAAUUCAAUUUUUAAUUUUAUAAGUAGUCAUUUUUAAUAAGAGAAUGAAAAUGGAGGAGCAAUAUAUUUCGAUUCUUCAAAUUCAGUUUCAUCUACAAUUACUAUUAAAAAUGCAACAGUAAAAAAUAUCUUUUGUAGAAAUAAAGGAGGUUUCAUAUAUCUCUUAAAUGGAGAAGGGAAGCUUUAGAUUUCUCUUAUUAAUAUAUCUUUGAUAGAUGUUUUUGCAUCCUUAGGAUCAAUAAUAUACUCUGAAUUCUCAGCCCUUUCACAAUAACAAUAAAAUUUUUAAAUUAAUUAAGCAACAAUCAGUAAUAGUCUUAAUGGUUAAUUAGUAUUUUUCAAUAAGUUUAUUUUAUUAAGAGAAUCUUAAAUAUAAGCCUUAAUGUAUUAAAGAUUUUUAAUUUUACUAAUCAAUGGUAAUUAAAUUCAAUUGGAAAACAUAGUUGUUUCAGAUCUAAACUUAGAAUCGUUUUUAUCAUUAUAUAAUACAAAAAGUGUUUAAAUUUCCUCUAUUUAGAUAUCAAGAUCAAAUUUCCUUCAUACAAUUAUCAUCUUAAAUAACAUGAAAUAAAAUUCUAAAUUAUUCUUUAAUAAAGUUUCAAUUCAAGAAAUAACAAUGCUAGAUAUGAUUGAGAUGGAAUCAAAUUGUACAAAAAUAUUUAAGAAAUUUGAUUCUUAAUAUAAAUGCUUAUCAGAAAUCAAGAAAUCUCCAUCAAAUUUAAAUUUUAAAUAUGAUAUCUCAUCAUUAUCAAAUUCUUAUUGUAUGAUUAAUUAGAUGAAAUAACUUUAGAAGUAAUAAACAUUCAGUGUAAUCGACAUUUAACCUACUUAUACAAAUAUGAGUUUGUCUUAAGUAACUUUAUAAUAAAUUAAUUGCAAAUAAUGUUAAAAUGGUCUAAUAAAUUUAAAUUUCAAAGAUUCUAAUUCAUUUUUAUUAAUACAAUCAUUAAAACUAAAAUAAAAUGUUUGUGGUUAAUCAAGUUGUAUUAAUUUAAUAAAACCGUUAUCUUCAUUACGUUUGCUAUAAAAUGUAGUAACAUAAGUAUAUGAAAAAUAUUUUGAUAUUCGAAUAAAUGAUUAUUAUUGCAAAUAUAAUGAAGCAUUUGAAGGUACAUGUUUGUAGGUAAAAAAUUUAAAAACUUUAAUUACUAAAUCUGUUUUUGAACAUAACUUUGCAAAUUCAUCAGGUGGAUCAAUUUCAGUUAUUGGAAAUGAAAUAUUCUAUCUUGUUUAAAGUAUUAUAUAUAAUAAUACGGCAAAUUAUGGAGGAGGAUUAGAAAUAAAAGAUCAAAUGAGUUAAAACUUAACUUAAUUUGGGUCUUUAAUUGCAAAUAAUAAGGCUUAGUUAUUUGGAAAUGAUUCUUCUUAAGUUCCGUCAUAAUUAUCAAUAACAAUAAAUUUAAAAGAUGUUUUACCAAGAACUAAAGUAUUAGAGAAAGAAGAUUUAUUGAUUGAAUAGAUUUUAAUAAAGCCAUACAAAGUAUUUGCUAAUGAAUAUUCAGAAGCAUUUUAUGUACCAAAUGGAUAAAAAAUAUCUGAAUAUUAAUAUUUCGAUUGGAGUAAAGGAGAAUAUGUUCCAUAUAAUUUACAUUUUAGAAUUGUAGCUUUAGAUAAACUAAAUUAAAUUUAAUAAAAUUUAAAUAAUUCUUAUUGUGAAAUUAGUGGAAGAUUACUUAAGGAUUUUGGUGAAAAUGAAUUCACUUAAAAUUUUACAAAUAAAAAAAGAGUGGAGUUUAAUAAAACUGAUUAUAAUUUAGAUGAUUUAAUUGUUUAUUUAGAUGAUUAAUUUAACAUGACUUUACAAUUAUAAAUAUUUUGUAAUUCAAUUUACAUACCCAUUUAUAAUAAGAAUAAGGAAAUCAUAAGUUAUCAUAAUAAUUAUAAUUUAAGAAUCAAUAUUAAAACCUUACCUUGUUAAAUGGGAGAAAUCAAAAGUUUAGUUAAUUCUGCUUGUGUUCCAUGUGAUGUUGAAUAAGGUUAAUUUACUCUAAAUAUAAAUUCAAAUAAUUGUAUGUAUAUGGAUGAAUCAACAACAAGUGAAAUAAGAUCAGCUUAGUUAAAAUUAAAGGCUGGAUAUUGGAGACCUUAUUUUUAUACUGAUCAUAUAAGUGAAUGUAUCAACUUACUUGAGAAUUGUCUUGGAGGAUGGAAAGAAGGUGAUACUUCUUGUUAUAAAGGACACAUAGGUGCAUUAUGCGAAGAAUGUGAUUUAUAUAAUUUAAGAGGAGAUGGAUAAUUUUCAACAAGUACAAAAUAUUCUUGUGGAUCAUGUACUGAAAAGAGCAAAAACUCACUUAUUAUAACAGCAAUUACAAUAUGGUAAUAAUUAUAAAUAAUUAAAUUAGGACUUUAAUAUCUAUUUUAAUUUCUGUUAGAAGUACUGUAGAACUAUUAAAUAUGGCUGCUAUUAAAAUAAGAUUCAGUAAAAUAAGAGCAUUUUCAUUCAUGUAAGAAGAUUAAUCUGGUGUUUUAAUUAAAAUGUUGACGAACCAUCUUUAAAUUCUAGCAACAAUAACUACGUUUUAAUUAAAUAUACCAAAUGGUGUUAAUGAUGCUAUUAAAGCAUCUGGUAAUCCUAUGUAGACUAUGGCAUUUUCCUUAGAUUGUUUUUUAAUUGAUAUGUUUGACCUAAAUAUUCAUUAUUCAAGAAUUGUUUGGUAAAUUAUUAUGCCAUUCAUUUAUAUAUUUGUAUUUUUAGGGAUUUACUUUAUUCAACUCAAAAUAAAAAAAUAACAAUAUCAUUUGAGUGUUAUUACAACAACAUUCAUAUAUAUGUACAUUUAUCUCUAGCCAAAUUUAGUUGGUGGUUUGAUUUAAUUAAUAUCAUACAGAACUAUUUCUGGAUAUCAAUGGAUAUCUGCAAAUGUUGCUUAUAGAUAUGACACUUGGAAUCAUUAUAAAUGGCUUCUAGGAUUUUGUUUACCAAGCUUUCUUGUUAUAGCAUUUAUGAUACCUGCCAUUUUCUACUUUGCUAUUUACUUAAAUCGACAUAGAUUAGAUGAUAAAAAGAUCAGAUAAUAAUGGGGAUAUUUAUAUCAUGAAUAUACUACUCAAGUUUAUUUCUGGGAAAUUGUUAAAAUCUUAGAAAAAGAAUUACUUAUUAUAUUCCUCUCCUAUUAUGACGAAUAAGUCAUUAAAAAAGGUAUUCUUGUCUUAUUUGUUGUUUAUUUAUAUCAAGAAUUAAACUUAAAGUUUAAACCAUAUUCUUCCUCUAAUCUUAAUAGAUUAGAUGCUUAUUCAGCCAAUGUUUGUGCUAUAUCAAUUGCUCUAGGAAUUGGAAUCUAUAUAGAUCAACAAAUUGGAUCUCUAGAAAUUUAAAUCCCAUAUUUUAUUACCAUUACUUUUUUAAAUAUCUAUUAUUUAUUCCUUGUUUUAAAAUAAUUAUUAAAAGCUUAUGCGAAAGAAUUAGAAUUGUAACUAGAUAAAGCCAGAGAUUUUAUUAGAUUCAAAGCUCCUUGGCUUUUACGAUUUAAAUUUUUUAAUAAACUUAUGAGAAAUCGGUAAUAAUAAAGAGCUGAUGUAAUUAAAAAAUUCCAUAAAAUUAAAGAAUACUUAAUCAAAUAGGCUAAAUAAAUGAUACUUUUUAAAGAAACUCUUAAAAGUUAAUAAGAUUCAGGACCUAUGAGCUUAUAAGCUUUAGAUAAUUAAUAUUCUAAUGCCUUCCUAUAGUACAAAACUGCAAAUUCAUUACAAAAUUUGUAAUUUUAAUUAAUUAAUAAAAAAGAAAAGAUGAAAAACUUUUGAAUUAGGAUCAACAACCAAGUUCAAAGGGAGAAAAACAUCGUCUCACAAGAGUUUACCCUUUGAUUUAAGAAGAAAAUUAAUGA